UCCGCCCCCUCCGUAUAAAUACAGCGUAAUCUGCAGUGCCCGUUCCUCUGUGGUGCUGAUACGAUGAGGAGCUGUGAUGCUAUGGCUCUGCUGCUGUGUGGGAUCGGUGUGCUGUCAGUGAGUUUGAGCUCUCAGGCUGGUUUAACUGUAGAAGCAGAACCUGGUGAUGAUGUCACUCUCUGGUGUAAACACAGUCUGACUAAAUCAGCUCAUUUAUUCUGGUGUAAACACACAAAUAAUUCAGUGUCAGUUUAUAUCGCAUGCAGAUAUUAUUCAUUAACAUUAUCCCCUCAUCCCUGUUUCUUCAUCCCUGAGAGUAAGAGGUCAGUGAUGGGAGUGAACUCCACGUUCUCCUCUCUCACUAUAACUGCAGUUAAUCUCUCUGACUCAGGACUCUAUUACUGCAGCACGCUGAGGGACAGAUACAUGAUCUUCAGCAACACAACACAUCUACAAAUCAGAGAGAGAAGCAGAAUCUCUUCCAGGAAUCCAGACGAACCCAAAAAAGUAUCCUGCUCUACUCCUGAGGUGUUCCACCUGCUGACUCUGCUGUUUGGAGCUGUGAUUGCGGUUCUGCUCAGUGCUCUUCUCAUCCUGAUCUUCACCAGACAGACCGACCGUAAAGACCAGAGAGACGGAACUGCGGAGCUCCCACUGCUGGAUCACCAUCUUCAGUGGAGGAACACGACUGCAGUACAUUAUAAUCAGUGCAUUGACGUUAAACCAGAAGAACCUCUAAUAAACUACAAAUAAAAGACGUUUCACUCUAUGUUGUCCUGCUACGGACG